AUGCGCGUUAUCCAGCGUCAAGCGAGCGCCGACCAUGUCGUUAUUGGACGCGCACUCGCGGAUAAAACUACCGUCGAGGCGCGCGAGCCUCAGCUCCUAAAACUCCCCAUUCCACUACCUUCAGUUCCUGUGCUCUCUCCCCUGUUGUCUCCAGUUGUAGGUGGUAGCAACAGCAACCAAAACUCCGGUGGAUCUGGUUCAGGGUCUGGAUCUUCUCCGACAACCGCAACAUCGCCACCCACUCAAACGACAAGCUCUGGAGGCAACUCUGGCGGGACUGGAGGUGGAAGUACGGGAGGAGGAAGCUCUUCAACCUCUAACCCGGGUGGUGGUGGAUCCUCUGGAAGUGGAGGAAAUGGAGGUAGUACAUCUUCUGGAGGAUCAUCGUCGUCGGGAGGUGGCUCGUCCAGCGAUCCAUCUUCAGGUGGUGGUGCUACUUCCAGCGGAUCGACCUCUUCUGGCGGUUCAGGUUCAUCAGGAUCGACGGGAGAUACUUCGACUAGUGGCGAUACAUCAUCCUCAACAUCUUCAUCUCAAGGAGACACUGCUGGUAACACAAGCACUCCUGGAGGCAUAGCCUUGACGAGUGGAGGAUCAUCAAACGACACAUCAACGUCUGACGGAGAAACCACCAACUCAAAUGGCUCGGGGAGUACCCAAAAUAACGAUAGUGCAGACCAGACCACUCCAGGAGCUGUUGCAAAUGCCGGAGGCAUUGUAGGAACCAAUCAAGCCCCCGGCGCUCACUCCACAAACGGCAAAGGUAUACCAAACGCUACUCUAUCCGGUGGAAAAAGUACGUCUACUGGAAUUGGAGGUAUAUCCUCGGGUCCAGAUGGGAGUAACUCCAGUGGUGGAAAUACCAGCAGCAAACACGGCCUUUCUGGGGGUGCCAUUGCGGGCAUCUCAAUCUUGCUUCUGGCACUUCUCGUUGGCCUGGUAAUUUUUGCCGUGAGACGCCGAACACGGUCGCAGCGUCAUGACCAGGCAAAUAGGUGGUGGUUUACUGGCAAACGUAAUUCACAGACGUACGGAGACAGGAACAGCAAGGAAAUCAUCGCUCCUGGUGUUCGCACCGCUCGCAGCAGCUUCGCCACUACAGUCGACCAUUCCAAUAGCUCCCAUGGCCGCCAGUCCCCUGGACCCCUCUCACAAGAUGAUUUUAUUAUUCCACCUCUCCCACCUAUGGCUGAGAUUGGGCGAGCUAACGGUAACGUCCCUGCCCUCACAAUCGAUGUCUCUCAUUUUGCACCAACUCCGGCCAUCUUUGAGAAGCGAGUCUCUACAUGCAGUCAGGUUUCUGGUGAAUCGACUUCAGAAUAUCUUGUUGUUCACCACCGCGACAGUUUAAACCCCGGAACUCCAAUGUCUGUGCGUCCAUUCUCCCCAUCUGAGUCUUUCUCUUUCCCAAGGCCCCCCGAUCCGGUGGGAGACAGGAAUUCGGCAUAUUCCCGUCCGUCCAGUAGCGGUACGUUGGCAAUGUUGCAAGCUGGCACGCACUUCUCGUUCCAUUCUUCAAACGUUCCACCUACCCCUGGUCUACCAACUUUGAUCGUCAGCCAGGAUAAUCCGAUUAACAACGUCACUGACCCAUUCGCCGACAACAAUCCAUUUGAAGAUCCGGGCCCUUCCGCUGCGGUACCAGAGCAGGCAUUUGUAUCUGGAAACAACGGAGGUUUUGCUGAGACAGAGUUUAUUUGCCGUCCGUUCGUUCCUACUCUCUCAGACGAGCUUGCCGUGCGUCCAGAUGAUCCUGUUCGGAUAUUGACCACCUUCGAUGAUGGAUGGGCACUCGUCGAGAAGAUUCGACUUGAUACAAAUGAAGUUUUAGAGCGUGGCUUAAUUCCCAUCGAUUGCUUGCGAGCACCUGGGCAGCCGCUUCCUGCGUUCUUUGCUGCGAAGCGUGUAAGCAGCUACGCGGGCUCAGUAGCAGAGGUUCAUGCUAUGUAG